AUGGUAUGGAUAGACAAGACAGAACAAACGAAGGACGACGCCAGUGGCAAAUGGGGAGCCAGCCAGCCAGCCAGCCAGCCAACCGGGCCACACCCCCCCUCUCUCUCCCUCGAUUCCCAGGCAUCCUACCUUACUAUCUUCUUCCUGCCCUCCCGAGUUCCCCGGGAGAAAAUACAAAGUGAUGAUGUACCUUACCUGGUGGAACAAUACCCUUUCAAAAUAGCCACAACCAAUGAUGAUGAGUGGAUGGGUAUGGCGCGCUGGCUGCUUUUGCCCCGGUACCUACAGGUGUCGAGCUGUGGAUGGCAAACAGCUUGCUUUCCUGGAGCUUCCGAGCUGGUGUGUGUGUGUGUGUCCGACACAAACCGGGGAUACAUGAUUGAUUGA